CAUUUGUUUAUUUAAGACCUCUGCUGCUUUGUGGAGUAAAAUGAAUUAAUGUCUGUAGACAAAUGUACCGUGUAGAAUGGAGAUGCAGACGGAGAUGCAGCGUUUACAUUCAUAAAGUCUCAGAAUCUGUGUCUACAAUGCCAAAAGUGCCUAGAACCAGAAAACCUGUGAAGGCUGUAGCUGAAGUGGUGACUACUAAAGCUGUGCGUGACAAGAAAAACACCCCUGAAAAGCAGAUUCUUGAAAACCUUAGAAAACGCUAUGGUGAUAACAGAAAUGCGAAGAAUGCUGUCCAGAUCAAGCAGUAUAUGAGGGGCCAGUUUGCUUAUUUUGGAUUAAAAGCACCAGAAAGAAGAGCUCUGGAUAAGGAGGUCUUGGCAGAGAGCCCACAACUAAAUGUGUAUGAAGUCCGGCACCUUUUGCAUCUCCUGUGGCAGGAGAGCGAGAGGGAAUUUCAGAUGUUUGGAAUAGACUAUGGAGCUAAGCACCUUAAAACCCUGAUAGGUCCAGAUGUGAAGACGAGUAAGGAGUCGCUGGACUGUGUCCACAGUUUGAUUGUCACCCAGAGUUGGUGGGAUACCGUGGAUAUGCUGGCCUCAAAACUUGUCGGAGGACUUGUUGCAGCUCACCCUAAAGCCCUUGUCCCCGUCAUGGAUGAGUGGAUCACAGAUGAGAAUAUGUGGACCAGACGGUCAGCUAUCUUACAUCAGCUUAGCUAUAAUGAAAACACAGACAAGGACAGGCUCUUCCGGUAUUGUUUACUGUGUUGCCACGAAAAAGAGUUCUUCAUACAGAAAGCCAUCGGCUGGGCCCUAAGGAAUUUUUUUCGGUACAACCCUGCUGCAGUGAAGACAUUUGUCAACGCUAACAAGGAAAAGCUGGCACCUUUGAGUGUGAAAGAAGCUUUGAAGCAUGCCUGACGGAAAACAGAAAAAUAUUGUACAACAUUUUGAAAAAGAAAUUUGAUACAUUUGUAACACUUUUUAUAGCUAUACAUGGGUGUACAAAAUUCUGCUCAAACUUGUUGGCAUUUUAUGUAUUUUUCAUGUUAUCAUCU